AUGGCCGAACUCGUGGGAAGUGCUCUUCUCUCCGGCUUCCUUAAUGUCUUGUUUGAUAGGAUGGCUACUCAAGAGGUCCUUAACUUCCUCCGAGGAAAGAAAGUCCUUGCUAAGCUUCUUGAUGAGUUAAAGAUCAGGUUGUUGUCUGCUAAUAAGUUGAUGAAUGAUGCUGAGGUGAAACAACUCACUGAUGAAAACGUGAAGAAGUGGGUUGAUGAGCUUAAACAAGUGCUUUAUGAGGCAGACCACGUCAUGGACAAAGUCAACACCGAAGCUCUUCGGCGCAGAAUUGAAGAAACUGAUCAAUCUGGAAGCAAAGCAAGUUCGUUCUUCAACUUCAUGCCAAAGUCAAAUAGUGCAUUUGAAAUCGGUGUGAAAUCUGAAGUAGAGGAGAUCCUUCAAACAUUGGAUCUUCUUUUGAGGCAAAAGGAAGAGCUUGGUCUCAGAGAAGGUGUUCACCAAAACAGACCUCAAAGACUGCCGGCUCCUUUGGUAGACGCAUGUGAUGUUUAUGGAAGGGAUGCUGAGAAAGAGGCCAUCGUUGAAAUGUUGUUAUCAGAUCAUGAUGGCAGGUGUAAGAUUUCCGUGAUUCCUAUAGUGGGCAUGGGUGGUAUGGGCAAAACCACACUUGCUCAGCUUGUUUACAAUGAUAGCAGAGUCCAAGAUCAUUUUGCCUUGAAGGUGUGGGUAACUGUAUCAGAGGAUUUUGAUGUUUUUAAACUUACAAGAAUAAUUAUUGAGGCUAUCACUUCUCAUAAAUGUGAUAUCCAAGACCUAUAUCAACUUCAAAAUGCACUGAAAACUCUAUUGAUGGCAAAAAGAUUUCUUUUUGUUCAUGACGAUGUUUGGAACGAAAAUUAUGAACUUUGGGAUGCUUUAAGGAGCCCUUUUAACUCUGGAGCUGACGGGAGUAAAAUUAUUGUGACCACACGUAGUGAAAUUGUUGCAUCGAGGAUGGGUACUGUUCCAACAUAUUCUCUACAGAUGAUAUCAGAAGACGAUUGCUGGAAGUUGUUUGCUAACCAUGUCUUUGAAAAUAGAGGCUCUCAGAUACAUCCGGAUUUGCAAGAAAUGGGUAAAGAAAUUGUUAAAAUGUGCAAGGGUCUUCCUUUGGCAAUAAAAUCAAUUGCUGGUGUUCUACGCUCGUUAUCAAGUCCGGAAGAGUGGAAAGGGAUACUAGAAAGUGACGUGUGGGAGUUGCAAUUUCAAGAAAACCAGAAGAAUAAUAUUCUUCCGGCAUUAUGGUUGAGUUACCGGUGGUUACCUCCACAUCUAAAGCGAUGCUUUGCUUAUUGCUCAAUAUUCCCCAAAGAUUACAAGUUUCGCGAAGAAGACAGAGAAAUUGUAGUCCUGUUGUGGAUGGCGGAAGGACUUCUGCAUCCUGAAAGAGGAAGAAGACUGGAAGAUGUUGGAAAGGAGUACCUAGAUGCUCUAAUAGCAAGGUCCUUCUUUCAACGAUCAAGUAGCCGGUUUGGAGAACCAACUCUCCUUAUGCAUGAUCUUGUACAUGAUUUAGCUACGCGCAUAUCUAGUGAGUCUCGUUUACUGCUGGAUGAUUGCCGUGACUUGAAUGGCCUUACAAGCAGCACUUACCUUUUGUCAUAUAGAAAAGAAUCUAAUGUCAUCAAAUUCAAGGAUUUAUCCAAAACCAAGUGUUUGAGAACCCUGCUAGCUUUACCAUUGUCAUAUACCAACAUGCAUAGGUCAAUGUUGACAGAUACUGUCCUGCUUGAACUGUUGCUAGGAGCUGGAGGACGCUUAAGAGCUCUCUCUUUACCUGAAUCUGCUAUUACAAAAUUGCCAGAUUCAAUCGGUAAUAUGAAACAUUUAAGGUACUUGGACUUGUCUGGUACAAAAGUCAAAGACAUUCCCAGUUCAAUUUGUACUCUGUAUAACUUGCAAACACUGUUGUUGUCACAUUGUAAGGAAAUUACACAAUUGCCAACUAGCACGUGUUGCUUAAUCAACCUACGUCAUCUCGUGAUCAAAGGAACGCGAUUAAAAGAGAUGCCGCCACAGAUGUGCAAGUUGAUAAAUCUACAGACAUUAAGUGAUUUUGUUUUGGGCGAAAAUGGUGGCUCUAGGAUCAAAGAGUUGGGAGAGCUACAGUCUUUGCAUGGAACUCUUUGCAUUUCAGGACUUGAAAACGUGGUGGAUGUUGGGGAUGUGAUACAAGCUGAUUUGAAGAACGAAGAGUGGCUUACUGAGCUGAUUUUAAAAUGGAAUUAUGGAGAGAUUGAUGAUUCAACAAAAGAAAGACAAGUACUUGAUGCGUUGAAACCGCAUGGAAAGCUGAAGAAACUCAAAAUCAGUGGUUACAGGGGUACAAUAUUCCCUGAUUGGGUAGCACAUAAAUCGUUUAGUGACUUGAUUCAAGUGUCUCUGAUUGAAUGUCAACGUUGUUGCUUGUUGCAAUCAUUUGGGCAACUACCUUCCCUCAGAAAGCUUGAGAUUAGGUAUAUGAAUGGGUUGGAAAGUAUAGGAGAUGAAUUUUGUGGCACUUCCUUGACAAAGCCAUUUCCAUCCUUAGAAAGCUUAAGAAUUCGUAGCAUGGAUUUGUUGGAGAAUUGGUCAUUUGCUGGAGUUGAGCAAGGAGGAGAACGUUUCCCUCGUCUCAAGGAAAUCUAUUUAGAUGACUGUGAGAAACUAAAAGUUGGACUACCCGCUGGUUGUUUUCCAUCCUUGGAAACAAUUGAAAUUAGUAGAUGUGAAGAAAUGGUGAGUGUAUUUCCAAUAAGUCAAGCAGAGAUUGAUUCCGCAUAUCCCUCUCUUGAACGUAUAAAUUUAAUGUUUUGUUCAAGAUUAGAGUCAUUUUCAAGAAUGGGCUUGCCCUCUAAUUUAAAGUCACUUGAUAUCAGUGGGUGCCCAAUGCUCAUUGCAGACCGUAUGAAUUGGGAUUUGCAAAGACUCUCCUCUCUUCAAAGCUUACGGCUCGGUGGAUGUGAAUUUGAAGAAUCGGUGGAUUCAUUUCCAGAGGAAGAGCUGCUUCCAUCCACUUUGACUUCUCUGAAUAUUUAUAACUGGGAAAGGCUUAAAGCCCUAAAUGGAAAAGGCUUUCAGCAACUCACCUCCCUUCGAGGAUUGGAAAUUGGGUGGUGCAAAGAAUUAGAGAGCUUGCCAGAAGAAGGGCUUCCCCUUUCUCUUACUUCUUUAUCCAUCCGGGAGUGUCCUCUGUUAAAAGAGCGGUGCCAGAGAGGAACAGGGGACGAUUGGCCCAAGAUUCAACACAUUCCCUACAAAUCUAUCCAUAGCAAAAAACUGCGGCUGGUAGGGUGCCAUGAACUGCGGUGGCCUCUCUUGACUGUAAGAGGCAUCACUUUGGGGCUGUUGAGUCAGCAGCUGAUUCCAAUCAGGACAGUUCCUCCUAAGGUGACCAAUCUGCCCACAGUGAUGGCACUUAGGUCUAUAAGGAGCACUCCUGUCACUCCUAGACGAACUACUGCCACCACUGAUCAUGUCUCCACUGACCUACCCUUGAUUUCGGCAUUUCAAAUGCUCAGAUUCCACCAGAGAUGGCGCAAAGCGGGACAAGUCAUUAAACUUAGCCUCAUAUUCCCUUAUCGACAUAUCUCCCUAUUGCAAGGUCAUAAACUCCAAUGCCUUCUGAUCCCUAUAGCUCUGAGGGAAGUUUUGUUCAUUGAACAGAACCUCAAACUGUUCCCAAGUCAUUUCCACAACAUCAAGUCUUCUUUUUACUUGCUUCCACCAGUUGCUUGUUUGGCCUUCCAUUUUGUACACCGCGAAUUAUAUCCGAUAUUCCUCCGACACUCCCAUAGUAUUCAGGUGCUUAACUAUGGAGUCAAACCAGAACUCCACUUCCUAGGGUCCUCCCUCACUAUUGAAUGUGGGGAUGGGUGCACGUCUAAACUCCCGGAAGUAACUCUGCUUCCUGUCCUCGGCCGGUCGCUCAUUCUGAGCUCGAGUGGCCAUGUCUUGGAAAGCGGCAUACAUGGCGUCCAUGAACUCUUGAUUCGGUGGCGCCGGGUUGUUAACCGACCUACAAUGCGGCGGCAUCUUCUUUAA